AUGUAUCAUGAACCCGACUACGACGACAGUGUCCAAGUUAUCAUAGGUGGAGCCAUUGUGGCAACGAUGGUUGUGGUUAUGGUCGGGUAUUUGGUGAGGGUUUCUUUAUUUAUUUUUCAGAAAAAUUUUAAAAAUUAAAAAAUUUUUUGCUAAUGUAUUAAUACGAGAAUAGCUUUAUAUUUUUCUGUAUUUUAUUACAAAUGUCAUUUCUACAAAAUUUUUGACCUAAAAAUUGAGUUUUUAGUUAAUUUUAGAUGACUUCAAGCUCCUAUAGGUAAAAUCGGUGAAAAAGUAACUAGAAAAGACAUUUUUCUAUCUUUUUCAUUUUUAAAAACAUUCUGUUUAUUUUUCAAUCUAUGCCAUAUACCACUACGUAUUAUACGAAUUACUGUUUUAGGUAUAUCAUCAUAGGCUGAUGGUACGACGAUCCUCACAAACGAGUAGAGUUUCAGCUUUACAACCCAUUAUGGUAACGAAUUAUCGACGAGCCAGUAAUUUUACUUGA